AUGUCCCCAACUAUUAAGAACAGGCUCUGGAAUCCAGCGUUCGGUAUCAGGUUUUCCCCCAAAGCUGAGCAACAGCCGCCUUACCCCUUCUUGGAUAUAAACCGUUUCGUUCAUACGCCCGCCUCUAGCUCCGAGGCCGCGCGGACUGAAGAGGUCGAGAUCCCUGAGUUCAGUGAAGAUGAGGAGUUCGAGCGCGAUGCGGCGGAAUGGUUUGAUCAGCAGGAGCGGUUGGAGUUACCAGUGAUCGAAUCAAUCUCUGAAGGAACGCAGGUUACGACAGACACAGAUGGAAAUCUAGUUGAUGCUUCAAAGGGGAAUGCUGCUACGACAAAGACUGAUACUGUUGCUCCUCCUUUAACUAGCUUGGACUAUACCAUCGAUAUCGAUCAAUGGGAAGCGGCUCGGAAGUGCAAACAGGGCUCCCACGAGUCCUUCUGGUCUUACAGGAUGUAUCGCCGUAUCCAAGAAGAGGGCGAAGAACAGAGAGUCAAGGUCCAUUAUUGCACCUCCAAGCAGACCAUGGAGUCUGUUUGUCAGCGAUAUUUUGCUGACGAGAAGGUCAUCGGCUUCGAUCUAGAAUGGUUGAUUAGGCACAGAACGAGUGACCCUCGGAUAAACGUUUCCCUUAUCCAGAUUGCCAGUCCGAGCCGCAUUGCAUUGUUCCAUGUUGCUCUCUACCCCAAAGACGACUUUGUCGCUCCCACCUUCAAGAAGAUCAUGGAAGACGAGAACGUGACCAAAGUGGGCGUGGCGAUCAAGGGUGAUUGUACAAGAUUAAAGAACAAUCUUGGUGUAGACAGUAAGGGGGUUCUCGAGCUGUCUCAUCUUUUCAGGCUUGUUAAAUACUCCAAGUCUGGAGAGCUAAAGAGGAUCAACAAGGUCAUGGUGAAUCUUGCUGCGCAGACACAAGAAGUUCUAGGCCUUCCGCUCUUCAAGGGAGACGACGUGCGAUCAAACUCGGCUUCAGACGCAUAUGUCGGUCUGCAAUUGUACCACGUCCUAGAGCAGGAACGUUUGAAACUGCAGCCAACUCCCCCUCGGCCUGAAUUUGUUGAGAAGGGCUUACCUAUCAAGUUCUUGGCGGCUGAUGUGAAUGAAAGUGACGUUACUUCGGAGUCUGGCGAUUCCGAGGUAAUUUCUGAAGUUGAAGCUGAACUGAGCGGACUGGAAGCCGAGCUUACACAACGCCCCACGACAUCAACGACCAAAAAAACGAAAUCAAGAGCGAAGAAGACAAUACCAGAAGAGACCAAGCCAGCGGACACGAGGGAUUUUCGUAUACUUAUCGCCGAAGACCACGCAAUACAAUACCGCAACGAGGCGCAUGUUAUGAGAGUCCCAAUGAGCUCUCUGCGUACUUACUUUCUCUGGCACGACAACAAAGGCCUUACACCAGAGUCUAUUGCAGUUCUUCUGCGAACUCCUCCUCUGAAGACCAAUACUGUCGUGACCUAUAUUCUAGACGCUAUUAUCGGCGAAAAGCUGCCGUACGAUAAGACGAGGCUUAGGGAAGAGGUGCUGGCACACCUGUCUCCCCAGGCACAGUUGUCAAAUAGGUUCCGAGCAUUGGUGGAAGCCGCUCAAGAGUCAGAAGAGGAAUUAUAG